GUUCGUGCGAGAGACUGGAGUGACGGAGAUGAAACGCGUGAAGGAGAACAUCAAAGCGCGCUUUUGUCCUCCAGUUGUUGAAAAGGAGGUCGCGCAGCUGCUCAAGCAGCUGUCUCCGAUAGCUCCCCACCGUCUUCCGCUGCUUCCGGAAUCAUCCCUCAUAUCUAUUAUUUCCCCAGAAACCGUCUGCGGCCUCGAGACAUCCCAAGCGGCCUGGCUGCGGCUGCGCGCUGUGGGCAUCAGUACGCUGACGAGCCCUGAGGGACUCAGCAAUGCAUGCGCCUUUGUCGAGGCGGAGGAGCGCCAGCAGCAACAAGCUGCAGCUUCUGCACGAAGGCGACUGCGGCAACUGCAGCAGCAGCAGCAGCAGAGGCGCGAGGCCCUGGGCCUCCCGAGCGAUGGGGCUGCCGCUUCUGCUGCGGCGGAACAGCAGCAGCUGCAACAGUUGCUUCUGACGCUGAGCAACAGCCGCGCGGGACGCCGGCAUUCUCCUCUCAUUCGCUUUAUUGAGGAAUUGCUGCUUCUAGUUCCGUGGCAAACAACCAAAGAAUGCCGUGAAGUGCUCCAGAACAAAGGCUCAGCUCAGUUUCUCUUGACAGGUUUUGCAGAUCCUUCUUGCGGCCGUGGCGAAGGCAUCGCGUUGCUGAAGCGAGGCAGCAGGAGCCGUAGCAGCGGGAGCAACCCGCUGGUUGUGCAGCAACCUCUCAGACGACAUGCAACAGGCGGUAUCGCCGGUACUGUCGACGAUCUUCGCAAGCUCGGGAUGAUGGAAUUGCGAGCCAGGCUUCUCCAGUACGGGCUCAGUGACGCAGUCAUCAGGACACUCCCCAGGUGGGAUCAGGUUGCGUUGGUUCGGCAGUAUCGCGACGGGUUUGGGGCUGAUGACGGCAACAGCAAAGGAAGGGGCGCAGGGGUUCGGUUGCCUACAGAGGAGUACGAAGCAAAACUCUGCAGCAUUUUAAAACGACAACAGGCGGCUUUGAAGGCCGAUGAGCCCGUUGUCACCGACACAGAUGAUGAUAUGCCGCCGUCCACCCCGCAGCAGCAGCAGCAACCUGGUGCAGACGCAACAGCAGCUGCGGGCGCUGCCACUUCAACAGCAACGGCUUCGCAGCAGCAGCAGCAAAGCGGAGCCGGAGAAGAUGUCGCGGACGCACUCUUCGCUGGCUGCGAGGAAUCAGAUCACGAGGCAGAUGAGACAGAGUUGGAGAUGAGGGAACUGCAGGUCCUCCGAGACCGCCAGGAGGCGCGCAGCCAGCGCCCCUUGACGCAGGAGGAGCAGCUCAGGGCGGAAGCAACUGUGCGGGCUGUACCAUGUUUGCGGUGGACGCGGAAGCGGCGACAGCAAGUUGGCGACUCAUUUGCUGCCGAGCGGUGCAUUUUGAUAUACGGGGCUGAAAACAUUAAGGCAUUUUUGGCGUGGAGAGACAAACGGCUAGCUAAAAAGAGACAGCGUCAAAUGAAUGCCGUGCACUCGAAGGAGGCUCUGGCAGGCAAACGAAUUUGCCGCGCUUGUGGAAGGCCUGGCCACAUCGCUUCAAAUGUCAACUGUCCGCUGUAUCGGGGACCGAAGCGCCUGGGUUCCGCAGUAGGGGAGACGGUGGCUAAGCGGAAGAGGCGGAGGACAGGGGGCAGCGACGUUGAGCUGGGCUUGACAGCAGAAACUAGUUUGCAGGGAGAGGGGGCCGGGUCUCUUUGCAGCAGCAGCACGCGCCGGAGAAGAGGGCGCGGAGGGGCUGCUACUCUACUCAGUGGCAGCAGCGAAGACGAGCGAGAUGACGGCUACGGGGGUGCUGCUGCUGAAGCUACAGCGGACGUCUGGGGUGCAGACGAAGCCCCGGACGAUAGCGAUGAGGUUUCGUCAGAACUGGAGGACGACGAUGAUGACGAUGAAGGCGUGGGGAAAUCUCUCAAGGGCAGCUUUUCGCGCUCCAGCAAGACUGGGAGACACAGGAAGCGUGGCCGACACAGUGCACUCACCGACAGAGACUCGGCCCACAUGCAGCAGCCUAUCGAUGCCUUAAAUGUGUCAUUCGCUCGAGUUGUAAAUUUGUUGCUGCAGCAGCAAACAUUCAAGCCGUUUGUGAAUCGGGUGGACGACCGCGUUGCGCCGGGCUAUUCGGUGGUGGUGCAGCAUCCGAUGUUUUUGCGGAAAGUUUUGUCGAAGUGUCGGGAGCGUCAAUACACCUCAGUAGCGGCUUUUAAAGACGACAUAAACCUUAUCGUAUCCAACUGUCUUCUCUUCAAUCCUGUAGGCUCACCUUCCGCGUGGCUUCGAGACCGGGCAGUCCAGCUGCAGCAGCUCGCAAUGCAGCGGCUCGCUGAGCAGCCACAAAUUGCAGAAUAUGAGGCGGCACUGCAGCAGAACGCAAUCCACGUGCAGCAACAGCAGCAGUAUAGCACCUAUGGAUAUGAUGACGACUGA